UGGGGCCGCCACAGGCUCCGCGUCAGCAGCCGCCGGAGCGAGGCCGCGCCGGCCGCGGGUGGGAGCAGCACAGGUGCGGCCCGCCCCGCCCCCCGCCCGCGGCCCCGCCCCCCCCGGCGCAGGUGAGCGGCCCCGCCCGGCCAGGUGAGUGGCUCCGCGUCCGCAGCCUGCCCGCCUGUCCUCCGGCCGAGGGCAGCAUGCGGGGGCGCCGGCGUCGCCACCCAGGCGGUGUGUGCGGGUCCGCGGCCGCUCGCCGGCCUCCAGCCAGGGAGCCGUGACCAGACGGGGCUGCCCGGGGUCCAGGCCCUGGGGCUCCCCGGAGGAUGGGGUGACGGAUGCAGGAGGAGCCCGGGGAAGGCCCCGAGAGAGAUUGUGAGAACAGUACGUGUGUCCCAAAGAAGAACGUCUUUCAGGAAAUACAGUCGUUGGGGUUGAUACUAGAUUCACGAUGGAGGUUUCCCCAGCAGCCAAGCUUGGUGAGACCUUUGUGUUUGAGGACGGGCUAGAGAUGCAGCCGGAACUUUUCCCAGAGGAGGACCUGGCAGACCCUUUUCUUCGGGAAAGGGGUUUAGAGCAAAUGGCUGUUAUCUACAAGGAGAUCCCUCUUGGGGAGCAAGACGAGGAACACGAUGAUUAUGAGGGGAAUUUUAGUCUGUGCUCAAGCCCUGUUCAGCAUCAGAGUAUCUCACUAGUAAACAGAGACCAGGAUGACGAAAUAUUUGGCCAAACCUUGCUCCAGAAAUCAGACCUUAGUAUGUGUCAGAUAAUCCACGAUGGAGAAGAACCCAGUAAACAGGAUUGUGAGAAAGCGGGCAGGGGGGACCUGAGACCUCAUGAACCUCACAGAACUGCACAACCAACAAAGCCCUAUGCGUGCCGGGAAUGUGGGAAGGCCUUCAGCCAGAGCUCACACCUCCUCCGACACCUGGUGAUCCACACUGGGGAGAAGCCCUACGAGUGCUGUGAGUGUGGGAAGGCCUUCAGCCAGAGCUCACACCUUCUCAGACAUCAGAUCAUCCACACCGGGGAGAAGCCCUACGAAUGCCAGGAAUGCGGGAAAGCCUUUCGCCAGAGCUCAGCCCUCACGCAGCAUCGGAAGACCCACACUGGGAAGAGACCCUACGAGUGUAGGGAAUGCGGGAAGGAUUUCAGUCGGAGCUCAAGUCUCAGAAAACAUGAGAGAAUUCAUACUGGAGAGAAGCCUUAUCAGUGUAAGGAAUGUGGGAAAUCCUUCAACCAGAGUUCAGGCCUGAGCCAGCAUCGGAAAAUCCACACCCUAAAGAAACCUCACGAAUGUGAUCUCUGUGGGAAAGCCUUUUGUCACAGGUCUCACCUUAUUCGGCACCAGAGGAUUCACACUGGGAAGAAACCUUACAAAUGUGAAGAGUGUGGGAAGGCCUUCAGCCAGAGCUCCAACCUCAUUGAACAUCGUAAGACCCACACUGGCGAGAAACCCUACAAAUGCCAUAAGUGUGGGAAAGCCUUCAGCCAGAGCUCGUCCCUCAUUGAGCACCAGCGGAUCCACACAGGGGAGAAGCCCUAUGAGUGCAGCCAGUGUGGGAAGGCCUUCUGCCACAGCUCUGCCCUGAUCCAGCACCAGAGGAUCCACACAGGGAAGAAACCCUACGCGUGCAAUGAGUGUGGCAAAGCCUUCCGCCACAGGUCAGCCCUGAUCGAGCAUUAUAAAACCCACACCAGAGAGAAGCCCUACGAGUGCAACAGGUGUGGCAAGGCCUUCAGGGGCAGCUCGCACCUUAUUCGGCACCAGAAAAUCCAUGCUGCCGAGAAGCUCUAGAAGGACAAGCUCACCCCAGAGCUGGAACCCUGUCCUAGAGGGAGCCCACAGCCAGUUGCUGUGUCUGUGAGCCCACCUCCCUGAUGACAGUGCUGAAUGGCAAUGCGCCAACCCCAGCGCUCCUGCACACCCACAGAAGCAGCCAGGCCUCCGUGGCCCCUGGCAAGUGCCCAGCACCCAGCAGGUUUACUGGGGUGAUAGAAAGGCCACCAGAAUGGAGGUGUGCCCAAAGAGCCAGCCGUCAGCCGCCUCAUUCUCACACUGGACUCCCAAACCUGUGAGAUUGAGUUUUCCCCUCUCCUCGCUUUUGCCAGGAUCUAGAAGAAUAAAGGUCAGUGGGAGAAACUUGAGUUAAACCCACAAAACUGGCAGAUGAACUCUUUAGCACCAGGCUGUAGUCUGGCAGUUGUAGGAGACGGAGACUGUGCUCACAAAUCCAAAUAAGCUGAAGAAAACGAAUCCAGAGGCAGAUACAUCAGCAGCAAAAUGGAAUCUUCCACUGGCUUGGGUGUUAAUGGGGACAACCAAAACAGGGUAUGGAACAAAGGCAGGGUCUGGAAGGAUUCGUCUGGGAUUGGGGGUGAGGGUGGCGAGCCCCCGAUGUGGUCUCUUGAUCCUCGUUCCAGGUUAGAGUGAGGGUGGUCUCUGCACACAGCCUUUUCACGGGAGAGUAGAGCAUUCGUCCUGUAGGCCAGAGGAUGGUGACGCCCGGCUCUGGCUCACCCUGGGCUCUAGGCAUUAGUGCUCUCCAGGACUAAUCCCUCCAGAAGAGACCAUGGCAUACCUUGGACAUCAGCAGGGCCCGUUUCUGGUCUGGGGUGGCUACGCAGCACCCUCUCCGCUCUCCAGUGCCAGGGAUGUAGGAAGAAGGUGAUUCAAUCAGAGGUCUGGGUUCAUGUCUUAGUUCUGCCCCUCCUACCUGCCUGACCUUGAGGAAGCCCCCAGGCUCCAUUUCCCCAUCCGUGAAAUGAGCACAGUGGGACCCGGCCACAUACCUCAACGGGUUGGUGCAAGGCUCCCGUUCAGAAUGAGACCACACGGAAAAGUGCUUUGGUAACUGGCGAUGGAGGAUGGAGACCCAAAAUGAGCCCCGCCCCAUCCAGAUAUGCUUUCCCCGCAGACUGGAGAGGCAUCCCUGUCUGGUUGCCAAAAUGGGGGUGGCGGCGCCCUGGGCUGUGGGUGCCCUGUGAUGGCUUCUCACCCACAGAUGUUUCCCAGACACCAUCCUGAGCCUCCCUGCAGCUGUGGUGAGGUCCUUGUCAUCAUACUUCUCCCUGUCCUCCCCACUGUCAACUGGUGCUCACCCAGGCGUUGUUUAAAAAGUAGCAAGCCUGCGUCCAGCCUGGACCAAUUCAGUCAGCAUGCGCAGAGGUGGGGCUCAGAUAGUGGUGUGUUUUUAAAGCUGCGCAGGUGAUUAUCACGUUCUAACACAGAGCGGGCUGUGAGCCCUGUGCUGGGCUCAUGUGCCCCCGACACCUCACAGAUGCCAGGCCGCCUCGCCCUGACUGAGCAGAGCCUGCAGGCUGUUCUGUCCAGGCCCCUGCCCCAUCCCACAGGAAUGGGCUCAGGCAGUGACAGGUCUGGCCCACUGAUAGGUGUUUGUCCCAGGCCCUCAGGCCUUCUUGUGGCCCAGGGAUCUCUUUAGUACUGGCUUUCUCUCCCCCGGCUCCUCAGAGCUGGUGUGGGGAGGAAGCAGGCUGGGCUAGUUUGAAGUUUUCCAAGUUGAUGGCUGGAAUCCCAUGAACCCACCGUGGGAGCCCUGGUAAUUUCAGCUAAUCAGAAGCUCAGCUGGGCAGUUCUGUGCAGUUUUGGUGACUAAAAAUGGGAAAGCCAUAAUUGUUGCUUAUUAAAGUGGGCCUUGGUAGGCCAGAGAUUUCAAAAUGACAGGUCUGACGGGCUGGGGAGAUCACAGUGGGCAUCCAGGGGUGAGAGCGUGGCUGUUCCUCUUUCCAGCUCCUCUUUGCUAUGUGAGUCUGUGAAACAUUUAGCCAGCACCCUGGGGUCCCCCAGAACCUGCUGGACUGGCCUGACCCGGUGGCCCAGGUGUUGUCUGCAAGCAGCCUUCGGUCAUUUACUAGGAGAAGAGAGAAUGCUGAGACCCAUGCUGGGUGUGGGGGGGACAGCAGGCCCCCCAGUCAAGAUCUACCUCCCUGACACGCCCCCCCAACCCCCCCAGUCCACCUCAUCCCCGGCCAGGCCUGUCCUUACUGGCAGUUGUCUCUUUCCUCCCUUUGAUGUCUCCCUCUGAAUACUUCGAGCACCCCAGCCAAAUUGAUUUUUCAAAGCGUCAUUUUGCACAUGUCACCACUCUCCUUAAAACCAACCUUCAGGGGCUUUUCUGCACUUAAACCCCCAUCUCAGCCCAUCUGGUUUAGCCCCUCUGAACAAGCCACGUGGUGUUCAUGCCACCCUGUGCCCAGAUGCCCUCUCCACUCCCAGCUUCUCUCAACUCACUUUAUGCUGUUCUCAUAUCUUGAAAUAUGCACUUUCUUUCUUCUCCUCCUCCACCCCCAACUCCUUUCUUCCUUUUGACAAUUGACGUAACACAGAGAUUAAGACCCCCAUUCGGAGGGGUGCACAGUCUCACGUAACCAUGGUGAGACCAGGUACUUUGCUCUCUUGGAAGUGUGAGCAGAAACUAGUUCUUCUGUUCAAAUUCUUUUACUGUUAAUUGUGUACUAUUAAAUGCUUUCAUUUUACUUAGGUUCUCAAACUGUAGCAUUAUAAGAGGUUGUCCUAGUAAUGUGUAAUCGUCCUUCAAUUUAGUUGUUGGUUGCUUGUUUUGGUUUUGUCGUCUUACCUUCUUUCCUUAUGGCAGAUGCUGUUGAGUGUCGUAAAGCUCCGAGUCUUGAUUUUGUCUACUAAUUGAAUUGUUUGUCAAAGUAUAUGUUCUGCUCUUUUCUUUUUUUUACAUUUCUAAGAUUAAUUAUUUAGAUACAGUUAAUCAUAUUUUUAAUGUUCCUAGUAAAUGUAGGUACUUUGGUCUAUGAUUUU